ACCAAUAAUUCUGCACAAGUCACUGUAUAUGACGUGACAAGACUCUGCAGGGAAUCUCGUCCCCACCACCGACAUGAAGUGACAAGACUCUGCAGGGAAUCUGGUCCCCACCACAGACUUGACGGGACAAGGCUCUGCAGGGAAUCUCGUCCCCACCACAGACAUAAAGUGACAAGACUCUGCAGGGAAUCUCGUCCCCACCACCGACAUGAAGUGACAAGACUCUGCAGGGAAUCUCGUAAUAACCUAUGCAUUUUGGCUAUAAAUAUGUUCCCAAACUUGUUCAUUUUCUUCAUCACCUCUUAUACUAUCAUCAGAGCAACUUAGCAUCAGAGCAACUUUGUGUUUCAUCAUCAACAAACAUGUCUCUCCUAACUAUGGGUCAAGAGCACCGAGGCACCAUUGCAAACAUUGCGACCUAUGAUGUCACGAGAUUUAGGACCCGUGCUGGUAAGAUGAUUGCUCCUGACCCUUUGAUUGUGGACUACGUUAAACGUGCGGGAUUUGGUGAGGUAAUGAACUUAACACAUACCUCAGUUGAUAUGAAGUUUAUAUUAGCAUUGUGUGAGCGUUGGAGGCCUGAGACUCAUACUUUUCACCUUCCAAUGGGUGAAUGUACCGUCACUCUAGAGGACGUGUACAUGUUGUUGGGUCUCAGAACAAAUGGAAAGGCAGUGUAUGGAAAUGUCCAACAACCAAACGCCCUAUGCGUCGAAUUGUUGGGUGUGGAUUUAAUAGAGGGUGAGGGGCAACAAAGGGGUAGGGGCCAAGGUAUAAAGCUUGCUGGCCUUCAGGAAGCUUAUGUUGGGAUUCAAUUGGAUCAGUUUUCUGACGAAGAAACUAUACUGCGGAAAACUAGGAUGUAUAUUAUGUUGUUGUUUGGUAGGUUUCUAUUUCCCGAAGGCACGGGAAAUAGUGUUAAUUUUAUGUACUUGUGUUUACUUGGGGACAUUGAUGCAAUAAAGACAUAUAGCUGGGGUUCGGCUGUGUUGGCAUACCUAUAUAGUUCCUUAUGCAAAUGUGCAAAAAAGGAUGUUUGUACAUUUAGUGGAUGUGCAUUCUUGCUACAAACAUGGGCAUGGAUCAUGAAAUCACUUCCUAGAACACCCCAUAUCCUAUUACUUCUACUGGAGAAAGACAGUUUCCAGGUGCAUCAAUUUCUUUCCAUGUGUGUUAUUAUACUUGGAUCUGGUGUAAUUCGACUUAUGUUAGUGGAGUGUAUGACACCUGUCUUUAUGUUGAGUCAUGGUGACUACUUGAUUGCUUUGCAAUUAUGA